AUGGACUAUCCAGUUUUAUUUAAUCAUCUGCCUGUAGUGCAAUGGCUCCACGCGAACCGCAAGGAAGGCUGUACUGCCGAGGCACUAGAGUUUGCAGCGAGGCACGGAUACUUGGAGAUAUUACAGUGGCUGCACUUACAUCGGCCCGGCGGCUGGUCAACUAAUGUGAUGGAUACGGCCGCAUCAAACGGGCAUUUACACGUUGUACAGUGGCUCCACGCGCAUCGAAGAGAAGGAUGCACGACCAGAGCGAUGGACUACGCUGCUAUGGACGGACAUAUGGACGUUGUUCAGUGGUUGCAUCACAAUCGAAGUGAAGGCUGCACUACAGAGGCGAUGGAUAGCGCUGCAACCAAUGGACACCUGGACAUUGUGAAGUGGCUGCAUCGUAAUACGAAGGCUCGUUGUUCAACGAAGGCGAUGGAUGAAGCUGCCACCAAUGGACAUUUGAAUGUCGUGCAAUGGCUGUAUGCCAACACGAACGCUGGUUGCACUGCGAAAGCGAUCGAUGGAGCCGCGACGAAUGGACACCUGGGGAUUGUCAAAUGGCUACAUGCUUGUCGCACCGAGGGGUGCACAGUUACAGCAAUGGAUGGUGCUGCCGAGAAUGGAUUUUUGCCCGUCGUGAGAUGGCUGCACAGGAAUCGCAAUGAAGGUUGUUCCGAGAAAGCUAUGACUCGAGCGGCAUACAAUGGACAUCUGCCCAUAGUAGAGUGGCUCCACGUCCACAGAUCACAGGAGUGCUCAGUCCCAGCUAUCGAAGAAGCUGCAUUGUGCAAUAACUUUGAGGUGGUAUUGUUCUUGCACUACCAGCGCCACGAGAAAUACACGUCUAAAAUCGCGGUGCAAUCUUACGAAAAUGGGAGUCCAGAGAUCCAUGAGUGGAUUAUCCAGCGCUAUCCAGAAUAUCGGGAGGCAGUUGAAGCAGAACAUGGUCAGGACUAA